AAGGCAUCGCUUUCCAUAGCCUUAGGUCGAGUAACUCUGCCAGAACACUGCACCGCUCAGACACGCCCCUUUUACCUCAGGAUCGAAGCCUCACUCAGCCGCACCUUCCGCCGUUCGAGGGCGGAUAACUGCCCCGUCAUUAUUGCCCAGCCGAGGGCCGCUGCGGGCUGGGGAGUCCGCCAUGGCCCACGCGGCUCUCAUCUCGGCGCUCUGCGAGGAAACGACCUGCUCCAUCUGCCUGGAGCCCUUCACAGAGCCGGUGAUCCUCGACUGCGGGCACAAUUUCUGCCGCGCCUGCAUCUUCGAGUGCUGGAAGGAAUCCUGCCACGCCGCCAGCUGCCCUCAGUGCCGGAGGAUCAUCCUCCACAGAGACCCCAGGCCGAACCGGCAGCUGGCCAACAUCGUCGAAAUCGCCAAGAAACUCGAGGAGCGGACGAGGGCGGAACAAGGCGGGAAGAGGGGCUUGUGCGAAAGGCGCUGGGAGGAGGAAGCCCUCGCCUGCGAGGCUUGCGGCGGAGGCCCGGAGCAUCAGGACCAUCACCUGGCGCCGGUGGAAGAGACAGCCCUAAUAUACACGGAAAAAAUUCUCCUCACACUGGCCCGCCUCAACGACAUGUUUAAAGAGUUUGUGAAGGAGUUUUCUGAGAAGAUUUGCCACCUCGUAAGAAAGAAUGAGGCAGAGUUCCAACAGGUGUCAACCAAGUUCCUGCAGGAGUCUGGAAGCACUUUGCACAGGUAUGAGGAAGGGCAAGAGAGACCGGUGGUGGAAUUUUCUUCAGGGCUGGAGAGACAGAAAUUUCUUUCAGAAACAUUCAGCUCUGCAAGAGGCCAUAGAGAACUGCCAAGAGUUGCUGAAUCAAGCAUCAAACAAAGUGAAUUACUCUGGAACCAGACACAGCAAAUCCCUUCCUCAUUCUGUCCAAGGAUCUGAAGAGUGUGUGAAGGGGGAGCAAAUGUCAGGAUCUGCCUAAUAACCCUCAGAGAUUUGAUAUCAUGUGUGUGCUAGGCCAGGAGAGUUUCACUUCAGGAAGACAUUGGUGGAAGGUGGAAGUAGAGGAAAACCUCGGAAGGUGGGCGAUGGGGGUUGCACGAGAGUCCAUCCACAGGAAGGACAUUGUCCCUGUAAGCCCUGAUCAUGGACUGUGGGCCGUGGGUCAGUCACUCAGUUACUCCUCCUCACCCUGCCAAAUGUUGGCUUUUACUUCCCCUGAGCCAACGCCUUUGACCUUGAAACAUAAGCUCAAGAAGAUCCGAGUGUUACGGAAAGGGCUGUGUAGAAUUUUUUCAUAGUGAUACAAAUGAUUUGAUUUUUGCUUUCCUUUCAGCCUCAUUCUCUGGGGAGAGGACUUGCCCCUUUUUCCGGGUAUGGAAAGGGGCCAAACUGAAGUGCUGACUUCUGAAAGGGGACUAGCCUGUUUUUUGUAGACUCAGUUUUACUAGUUUCCAGAAGAAUUUGUUUGUAUGCUUACCAGAUGAGUUUGAGACUAACUCAGUGCAGCUACUCUUACUCAUGUUACUCUUACUGAUUGUAAAAUGAGUACAUUGUUUUCCAGAAAGUCCUCUCCCUGCAUAAUGCUACAGCAACAGCUGAGCUCACCUGCUUGGGAUCUUGCUCUGUGUUUCUAAUGCAGUUAAGACUCUCCUCCUCACCUUGUUAGAUUGCUCUGUGCUAGCUUAAGAUAUUGCUUGUUGGCAGGUUAUAGGAAUGCAGAAAUUGUAUGCUUGAGAUGGAGUAUUCCCUUAUCCAAGUUCUGCUUUGUUGUUAAAAGUGUAGCAGUAUUUUAAUAUAAAAUCUGCUUUGGAAACUG